AUGAUCAUAGCCGACACCAAGAUUACCCACUUUCCACCUUUCAGCGGUUACAACAAGCAACCAAACUGCAAAUCGGACCUACGAUUCGACUCGCCAGACUCCGGUAUUGACCCCGCCAUGGCGCACCCCGGUUCGCCGGCUCCUUACAUCAAGGAGGACCCCGAUCAGUUCAACCCCAACUUCCACGGCGACUUUGACAUGUCGCAACACUUCAGCAACAACGGGCAGCCAUACGGCGUCAACCCCAAUGACCUCACCAUGGGCAACAACUUCAUCAUGAACAACCAAUACGGCUCCAACAACAUGUCGUCCAGCUUCCUGGGUAACUCGAAUAUCGCCGACGACGAGCUGCGUGACCUUGUGGACGAGCCCAGCCACAACCACAACGCCGGCUUUCACAAUUACAACGAUGGCCACAAUGAGCAGCAGCAUCAGCAGGGCUACUACCAGGGUCAAAUGACCAACGGUUCCGUGCCCGUGAACACCCAGAACAACAUGAACAUGUAUUCCAACACACCCGAUGGCGCCCCGAUCCAGAGUCCCUUCAUGAACAACAACUUCAACUACGAGAACUUCCAGAACAUGCAAGGUGGUCACCGCGUCGGAAGCAUGCCCAACGGUUCUUUCGCGAUGACCGCUAGGCAGCAUUCCAGGAUGGGCCUCGAAAGACAACUGUCUGACUCACGUAGUCCAAUGACGCCGAAGACACCCGCCAUGGCUGGGCUUCACCUCAGCACCCCAGAUUCGGGCAGCUUCCCGGCCGCGCAGCCUAUCCACGCCAGCCGCCCCAGUCACGGCCACCAGAAGAGCAUGUCGGGCCAAUGGGACAACACCCCCAACAGCGGCGGUUCUUGGAUCGACUCUCCGAUUGUGUCACCUCAACAGGCCGGAAUGCACCAUGCACAGAUUGCCGAUGUUCUCGCCUCAGGAAAGCACGCUUCGCUGCCUACCAAGGUUGAGAACAAUGGCAACCCCGGUUUCCAGACCCAGGAGGCUAAGCGCCGCAGGCGUCGUGAAAGCCACAACAUGGUCGAGCGUCGUCGGAGAGACAACAUCAACGAGCGCAUCCAGGACCUUUCCAAGCUGGUGCCCCAGCAUCGUCUUGAGGACGAGAAGGUCCGCAAGCACAUCCACAACAACGGCCCUCUGUCGCCCACAAUGAGUGCCACUGGCAUUUCGCCACCGCAGGCAACGUCGCUCUUGGCUGGUCCUAACGGCAGACGUGCUGCUGGCAACAUCACCACCGGCCUCCCGCUCGACGAGAAGGACAAGGGUCCCAACAAGGGGGAUAUUCUGAACGGCUCCGUCAGCUGGACUCGUGACCUCAUGUGGAUGCUUUACAUGAAGCUGAGGCAGGAGGAGCAGCUGUACGAGCAAAUCCGGAGUCUAGGUGGCGAGGCAACCAUGGAGUAUUCCGAGGAUGAGCUUCGCAUGAAGUCGGAGCUCAUCGAGGCGGUCGAGAAGAACAACUGGGAAUCGUUCCGUUACUCGCGCGGUCCCGGCAGCGGCCUUCGGGUCCCCAAGCACACCAACAUUGCCGGCGAGCCCCUUCAGAACCCCAUCUCUCCUCAGAGCCUAAGCCCAGCCAUUCAAUCUGGUGGUAGCGGUGCCAACUCUGGUGCCGGGCAGCCGGGAUUCUGGGCCAAUCAACAGCCGACAUUCAAGGAAGAAGAGGAGUUUGGCAUGGAGCUCUGA